GGGGGGCUCCUGAGCACCGAGCGCGUGCGGCAGAUGCCCUGGCCCAAGGUUCACCUGCUGAGCUCGGCCCGCGUGACCUUUGACCAGAGAAUCUUCCAGAACACCUGGGGCGGCACCGAGCUGCAGGUGCAGACGGAGCUGGAGCGCGUGGAGCCCCCCAAUCCCCUCCCCCUCAUUUUGGGGGCGUCCCUGGGGGGGCUCCUCCUGCUGGCCCUGGUGGCGCUCGGCCUCUACAAGGUCGGGUUCUUCAAGCGCCGCUACAAAGAAAUGCUGGAGGGCAACGAGAGCCCCGGGGACCCCCAGGCCGCCAAUUAACUGCGAAUUAAUGAACAUUUUAAUUAAAAUAGUCAUUACAAAUUCAGAUUAAAUAGCAUUUUAAAAAA